UCCGCAUAUGCUCUCGUUCUCUUCUCUCUCUCGGCACAAGUGUGUUUCGUCCCUGGACUGCGGUGGUGCGCGGGACUGUUGGCUGCACGACAGGCGCGGUCCUCCAUCGACGGGCGGCGUAGAGGACAAAAAUUGAAUACUCUAUUCUGCCCCUGCUGCUGCUACCACGCUGUGUGCGGGGAGAUGCUGUUGGCGCUCUCCAGGUGCAGUCGUAGAGCUAUUCCGGCUGCAUGCGGAGGAGGAGGAGGGAUGGGCAGCAGGCGCUCCGCGUGCCUCCCAGGCCGCAGGAUAGCCUGCGUCUCUCUCGGAGCGCUCGGGUUUAUAAGGAGCAGCGCGGCGUUUUUCGCAGGGGGUAGGGCGGCGGAGUUGACGUCGUGGGGCGCCUUGCAAGAGGGGGCCCCGCAGGCGAGGCAGGGCAGGCCGAGGGCGGGCGAGGGUGCGGCGGCGGCGUUGGCGGGGGGGAGGUCGAAGACGUAA